ACGGUUCAGAAAACUGCUGGAGCAUCUCUCUUGUUAACUGAUUCUCUUUCUCAGGUGAAAGAGAAACAAGAAACGUCAUUGAGACGAGAUCGUAUUCCAUACCGAAACUCCAACCGACCGACGACAAACCGGACGAUUUUCCCUCCGAUGAGCGCGUGCCACCGCUAACCACGCCCAUAAACCACACCCAAGCAAACACGUCUCCAAGCAAAAACCACUCCUCGAAUACAAAACCACCAUCACCACCACGCCCGCAAACAAUGGUCGUCGACACCCUCGUCUACCACCCAACGGUGGCCCACUACCUGCGCUUCGUCGCCACCACCGUCGGCCGCGACAAGCUCCUCCGCACCCUGCAGUACUUUGCCCGCUUCUACGCCUGGUACCUCCUGCGCACCAACGGCUCCCCCUCGCAAAUGGCCCCCUGGAACGCCAUCAAGAAGCAGUUUGGCCUCGUCCGCAAGGUCAUGCGCGUCGGCAAGAACGUCGAGCACCUCCGCGCCGCCGCCCAGGCCGCCGACGCAAAGGCCGUCGAGCCCUUCCUGCGCUACGCCACCGUCGGCAGGCAGCUGGGCUAUGCCGGAUACCUCACCUUUGACGCCCUGACCGUGGGCGACGCCGCCGGCAUCCGCAAGUGGCGCCAUGCCCAGACGCUGCAGCAGCAUGCGUAUCGCUUCUGGGCCAUGGGCCUCGUCUUUAGCAUCGCCGCCCAGGCCUACACGCUGUAUCGCCUCAAGCAGCGCGAGGCAAAGAUUGAUCGCAAGGACGGCGAGGGCGUCGUCGAGAGCAAGCGCAUCCUCAAGGAGCGAGCCGCCAGCCAUCUUCAACUCAUCUCCGACGUCUGCGACUUGACCGUGCCCUCCGCCGCCCUCGGCUGGGCUGGCUUCGACGACGGCUUCGUCGGCCUGGCCGGAACCGUCAGCAGCUUGAUCGGCGUCUAUACCCAAUGGAAAAAGACUGUCUAGGUCGAGAUGGAGACCUUCGGACAUGUCUGCUUUCCUGCCACCAACCUAUUCAACGCCUAUUCCUUGGAAAAGACUGGACUCACUCCUGAUCAACGUAGACGGAGCAUCCGGUGUGAGGACAUGUGCGUGCGUGUGUGAGUACUACAGAUCCGCGGCGCAAGUUGGGUUGGAUAAUACCAGUAGCGACAAACCCCCCGUUUCUGGCAAUCUCGUUGAUACAAUUCUCCCACCACAUAUGCCGUGUUUUAUCGCCUUCGUGCACUACAAUUCUCUCUGAAUCUUCGGCUUUUCUUUUCUUGUCACAUGAUCUUCAAUGGCACGUGUAUGAUCCGA